ACGUAACGUGUAAACCGGUCGUCGUUACGUUUUGUUGGAGUUGGAGUGAGGUUGGAGUUGGAAGGUUGGUGGAAAUUGGAAAUCUCCAGUCUCCAGUCUCCAUACCAAUUUUGUAGAUCGUAGCGACAAAACGUUGCGUGUAACGGCGAAUAAGUCCAUUGCUAUGUACUGUACUGUGUAGUACUGUUGUUUAACCGCUGUAUAUUUUGACUGUGUAGAGGAGUUUUAGCUUAACUGUUUUCGUUUUGUGUUGUGUGUCAGUUAAAACAUUUAUUUGUCACUAUGUCAGACAUACGCCAAGCCUCUCGUGACUUUUUCAUAGAAUUCAUUGAACUAUACAAGAGUUUCCCUUGUUUAUGGCAAAUCAAACAUAAAGACUAUUCUGACAGGAACAAGAAAGACCUGGCCUAUGUAGAAUUGAUCAAAAAAUAUAGAGAAGUCGACCCUGCUGCAGACAGGGCAAUUGUUGUAAAAAAAAUUAACUCGUUUAGAACAGUGUACAAAAAGGAAGUGGGGAAAAUUAACAGAUCCCUCAAAUCUGGAGCAGGUGCUGAUGAAGUAUACAAACCUAAAUUAUGGUAUUUUGAACUUCUUCAUUUUUUGAAUUAUAUUGAACCAUCAAGGAAGUCCACAAGCACAAGCACAAUCGAUGAAUCUGAUGAAGAAACUAUGAUUGAGGUGCAGAACGAUGAACUUGAAGAUCAGGCGAGUCUGAAUGUUAGUGAGAGGUCUGAAACCCAUCUAACAGGUACCACACAGUGUGUGACUCCAUCAAUACCAAGCACAUCGUUGAGUCGACCUAAUAAAAGGAAACUACAUGUGGUUGAGACUGCGAUGCUAGAAACAAUGAAAAGGGUUGGAGAUAAACUUAAUUCAGUGAAAGAAAGUGACCCACAUGACAUUUUCGGCAAACAUGUAGCCGACAGACUGCGCAACCUCAAACCUCAUCAACUGAAAUUUGCUCAAAAAUUAAUUUCAGAUGUUCUGUUUGAGGCAGACAUGGAAUCGUUAAACAGAUUUUGUAGGAUUACCGGCACUGUGGAUCCAGUACCACAAUACAGCGGUCAUACUACUUCAUAGAAAGAAAUAAAAG